GUGCAGAUCGGACUCUUGGGUACGCGGCAGUUUUUUUUCUUUUCCUCUCUCCUGUCGGAAUAAGAGCCACCAGCACGCGCUAAGGGGUCUGUCGGAGUGACGGAGGCGAGGAGCCAGACACAGGGCCUUAGCAUGGGGUGAAGAGGACUAUCCCCUGCUGACCUCAAUGCAGAUGACCAGUGAUGGCCACAGAAUCACCUCUACAUUUGUUGGAUGACCUCAUAAACACAGGACAACAACAGCAGGAACAGCAGCAGGAAUUCCUGAUUUCGCUGGAGUCGAUUAUUCUCACUAUAUUUCUCUCCAUUAUUAUUAUAAUGACAGUGUGUGGCAAUCUGCUAGUCAUGGUGGCACUGUGCAAGGACAGACAUUUACGAAAGAAGAAGACAAACUAUUUCAUUGUGUCUCUUGCAUUUGCUGACUUGCUGGUUGCAUUGCUGGUGAUGCCAUUCGCUGCCAUUGAGCUGAUUACCGGCGAGUGGCGAUACGGAGAGAUCUUCUGCCUGGUGCGAACGUCUCUGGACGUCCUGUUGACUACAGCGUCCAUCCUGCACCUCUGCUGCAUUGCGCUUGACAGGUACUACGCUAUCUGCUGCCAGCCUCUGGUCUACAGACACAAGAUGACCCCGGUCAGAGUGGCAGUGAUGCUCAGCGGCUGUUGGUUCAUCCCCAUAUUCAUCUCCUUUCUACCCAUAAUGCAAAGCUGGAACGCUAUCGGCAUCGAGGACAUUAUUGAGGAGAGAAAAGGCUUGGCUGGAGCCUCCAAUGACACAAGUUGUGUGUUUCUGGUGAACCGGCCGUACGCCCUGAUCUGCUCUGCGGUGGCCUUUUAUGUCCCGUUGGCCCUUAUGGUCCUGGCCUACCAGCGGAUCUACGUCACCGCCAUGACUCAUGUACGGCAGAUUGAGACACUACAGCGAGCCGGCUCUGCCCCUGUGAGUGGACCGACUCCGAUGAUCACAGUGAGGUCCUCCACUUCCUCAGACCCUACGGAUCACUACCGCCUCAGGACAACAAUGGCCCUCUCCCCUUCAGAGCAGGCCCCCAUAGCAAAUAGCCGCAUGCGCAUUGAGACCAAGGCAGCAAAGACGCUGGCGGUUAUAAUGGGUUGUUUCUGCCUGUGUUGGGCACCAUUCUUCAUCACCAACAUAGUGGACCCCUUCAUCCAUUACUCAGUGCCCUGGCAGCUAUGGACAGCCUGGCUGUGGCUCGGGUACAUUAACUCAGGGUUGAACCCCUUCCUGUACGCCUUUCUGAACCGGGCGUUUCGGAGAGCCUUUCUGGUGAUCCUCUGCUGUGGGGAUGAGCGGUACGCACGACAGGGGAGCUGCUCCUAUGGACAGGUCCACAGAGCGUGCUCUGCUGCAUCGGUCAACGGAACGUCAAUGGCACUAAGAUUGUCCUUUCUGCCAAACCGGAGCUACAGUGACAAUGGGCGAACGAUACUGGCCAACGAGCAGUCCCAGGACUCUGUUGGGACUCUAUGAGUAAAAACCGACCUGUUUAUAAGGAGGUGGUCUCACAUGGAUAUGAACUCUAGGAUCAGCAUCCUCAUAUUAUGACUUUUUUUUAAAACAUGUUGAUGCUGUCCGGGACUAGAGGCGCUAUUACUGGUCAUCAGAAAAGUGCAGAUCUGACUUUUGGUGAAAUAUUGGAGCAUUUCGGUGCCAGAACAGGGACAGUUGAAGAGUAAAUGUGUCCAUGGAACAAAACACACUGCCAAUAUAUUCCCCGGUCCUCUAUCUAAAACCUAAAAGAACUGUUGAAAUUCUGCGAUUGGAAACAUGAGGGCAACGGUCCAGAAAAACUGCAGCAGACUACAAGCAAAGCUCUGGCUAACACAACUGCUUUUUAACCUCUAUGAUAAUGCUCAUACAGGUGUCUUUAGAUUACAUUGUAUUGUGCAGCAGUUUGUAUUCUUGUAUUGUACCAGCACCGACGGCACUCUGAAACUGCUGAAUGUAAUGUCCAAAGUUUUUAUUUAUAUUCUUCGUUUCAUAUCCCAUGCUGAAGUAGCAGAGAAUCAAUGACGUCCCAGUAGUUUGUGAUGAAAUAAAGCAUGUAUCAAAAUGGUUGUAUCAUUGUUGACCCUUGUGGCAAAACACUGAUCUGAUCAUUUCAAGGCAUUUAAAUUAUUGUUGCACUUUCCUCUGUAGGUUGAAAGUCUUAAAUGUGUUGCAUCUCUGUCCGAGAUCAGUCACAUGUUGGUUUGUUACAUCACUGCAGCGGGUUGGAAAUCUUGGUUGCCAGUAUUAAAUCACUCCUCCUGCAUGAAGCUAAAUUGACAAGUUUGUUAAGUUAUUAAAUUAUUAAGACAUGGUAUUACAGCACUGAAAAAACAUACAAGAAAUGCAACUGAACAUUAAAACAAUUGUGGACAUUUCAUUUUGAAAAGUUGCUGAAUCUGGCUCAAGCCAAGGUGAAUAUAAAAGACUGAUGUCAAUGGAGUAAAGACUCUAGCGCUAACUGGGUUUUAAAUUAAGUUGUAUUUGACCACUAGGGGUCAAUAUUCACUCUCCUGAGCUCUGAUCUGGCCCCGUUUUGUCCAAGGUAAGGACAAAAACAAAAACAAUGAAUAAAAAGUGUCCAAAAGCACUAAAUACAGACAAAGUUCAUCUAAUUAUGUACAGAUUUAUAGACAAAGAUACUUAGACCUGCAGUGUUGGGAGAUACUCUUUUAGUUUUGGCAGCACUGGUGACCUGUUAAACUUACUCAGAGGUAUUUCAAAAGGCCUUUAUAACACAGCUUCCCUCUGAUGUUUGAAGCUCAGUUUACAUAUCUGUACCGGUCUGUCUCCCUCUGGCUGUCUAUCACAACACGUUCAUGCGAUCGACACACAGAGGUGUGAUACUGCAGCAGCCUACACUCUCACAUUUUAAUUUCAAUUUCUCAAUGCAUCUCUGCCUCAGAAAACAACAGUAAACUCACAAUCUUUCCUUUUUAUUUUUAAUGCACAACCUCCAGGCUUCAGAUAUGUUGAUGUGAACGGUGUCUUGUUACAAUGUGACAACUUUUAAUAGUCCACUGUGCCCUGUACUUCAUCUUUGUUCCAUGCAAUGGAGAUGAUGAAUAAACAGGGAAUUUGACAAUAAUUUGGUGUUAAUUGAUUCAUGUUGGGUCUAUAAAAUGUGGCUUAUGCUAAUUUCUCCAGAUUUCAACACUUGAGUCUGUGGUAUAUGUAUUUCUCAUUGAACUGUACACUAUAUUAUCAUAUUGUUAUCUCACAAAGACGAAUCUGCUCGCAAAACGUUGCCUAAUUACACAUCCAGCAGCAACAUUCACACACACACAAACAAAAGUAUAGUAGAUAUCAGUUGUAUUUUACCCGUAAACAGCAGAGCUCGACAGCAUUCUGGAAUUUCAUGGUGUUUAAAGUGACCCACAUUUUUUUGAAAGCAACCUUUCGGAGAACAGCAUCGCUCUUCAAGUGUAACAUCUUUAUUUACUUAAAACAAAUACACAUAUAAAUAUGGAAAAAAAAUCAUGACCGACAUAAUUUAUUUUGGAGGGGCCAAAUCUCUAUUUUUAGAACCACUGCCUAGCACCAGUCAGACUUGAUGAAUGAAUAGCCAUGUCUCGUCAACUGAACCUAAUACACUUUCCCAAAUGUAGGCAGUUAGAUAACUAUUUUGGUCUUUUCACACUGUUGUUGACAAUUAACACAUCAUAGCUUGAGCUCUGUAUUUAAUAAGAUAACAUGAGCAUCAAGCAAAAACUAAUAUAUUCUGCGUGUUUUUAACAAGCCUGUAUUACUGUUGGCGGCCAUUACAAACAAAGCACCUCGUCAGGAAGCCUAUUUAGUUGCAGCAAACGCGAUUAUCCCCAAUCAUCUCUACGCCGCUCAAAAACAAUCUCCGAGCUGAUUUUCCGGAUUGAUUGGUGCUGACGCCUGAGUCUGCUGCCCAUUAAGCCCAGGGAGAAUCCACAGGAGGAAUUCAUUAUUCUGUAAUCACUGAAUCCAACACAAUCUCCCUGGGUUUACUGUCUAAAAGCAUAAAGAUCUCGUAGUGCAGAAGUUCUAGUGCUUGACCUGGGCUUUCUAAAAACGUCCUGGCUCUGAGAUUAUUUGGAUGUUAACACAGGAACAGAAAUUCAUUUUUAACCGCAUGAGACACAUGGCCAAUAUUUCAUCCUUCUAUGGGCAGCUGCAUGUUAGUUUUUCCUAAAUACAGUCUUUAAUCCAUUAAAGAGAGUCUCCAAGGUCAAUUAUUUCUAAUGUCCUUUCAGUUGAAGGUAAGAAGCCAGCCUUAACAAACCCUAAUCAGGCCAGGUUCAGGAUGGUUCCCAUAUAAAAAGCUAAGGAAGGUGUUUCUCCUGAAAAACAGAUUGCUUCUCCAAGUGUGUGUGUAAUGCUCAACUCUACAAUCCUACCUGCUUGUCUCCUCACUACCACUAGAUGUAGCAAGAACACUAGCAACUAAAAUUACCGUUUGCUCUACACUCCUCUUUCAGGCUUUUGUCACAGUAUUCAGAUGACAUGUCUAAUAGGAAAAGAAGAGGUGUAAACAUACCAUGUAGCUGCUUUAGUUUAGGAGCACCGUGUGUGGCUCACUGUCACAGUCAUGGAUCACUGGGACUCGAGAGAAGAACAAAGCAGUCGUUAGUGUUAUCAGUGUCUGGGCUUGUCUUACAAUUUGACCAAACACGCUGUCUGCUGUGUGAAAGGCCUAAUUAACAACUAUAGAAGUGUUAGAAUUGUGUGACACACUGUGCUACUACAUAACAUUUAUUUGUAUGCUUUUUUGUUUUAUUGCUGUUUUUUUUGCUGAAAAGUAAAUGUCAAAUGUUUUUAAAAUGUGCAAAGUAAUGCAUUUAAAUUGCCCCUAUUUGUCAAUGGCAAACCUUGUAGUAUUUGUCAUAUUUUACUAUAUGUCUGUCAUAUUUUAUUAUAUUUGAUUGUACUCAGUUUCUCACCUAAUUAUAUUUUGUAUAUAUAUAUUGUUAAUUUGUUAUAAUAAUCAUAAAAUAGUUGUUUUAAAUAGCUGUCAUAUUUUUAUUUCAUUUCAUUUUGCCAAGUAUUCUUCUUUCUGUGUCUUUGUAUGCACCAUACUGUAUAGAGCAAAUUCCUCCUAUGUGUAAAAAUAGACUGUAUAUAUAAAGGUGUAAACCUA